AUGGAAUACAUCUUUGUAGUUCAGCCUUCCUCGAACUACGUACACAAGACCUCGCAACAUAAAAAAAAGCCUAGAGAAACCUCUAGCAAAAAUUGUGAACCAAAGACUACCCUUGAUUACAUCCAAAUGCCGAGAGCCUCUGAAAUUGAGAUAUCUGAGUUCAUAAAUCGUUCGGAAGAGCGGAUUGGCACGAAAACUCCAAACGGAUUUUUUGUCUACAGACGAAUAUUCACUAGGGAGGUCUCGAGACUUAACCAUAGGUUGGACAUGUCUAAUGUGUCUAAGAUGGCGAGCUGUCAAUGGCACAAUGAAGACAUAACGGUUCGUGAGGAGUACAGACGAGUCGCGUCAAUAAUUGGCAGAAGAAUCAAGGAGCGCGAACAUGAACUCUCCAAAUCUUUUUUGGGGGGAUUCAUUCCAUAUAUCCCGCAAGAACUUCAUCUUUCUGCAGGACCUAACCCACAUGAUGUCGUCGAACAGUCUCCGUAUAUCCCACAGGAACCCUCUCCUUCCCUGGUGUCUGAACAUGUGCUAUCUCAAGCUUUUGAGGGGGUAUUCGUUCCGUAUAUCUCGCAGGAACGUCUUCCUUUUGAAGGGCCCAGCCAACAGGGAGUUGCGUACGAAGAAUUAAUGGCGUGUCCUAUCAGCGAAAGAAUCGAAGAGGGUGAACUUGAUCUGUCUCCGUAUAUCUCACAGAAGCCUUUUCCUUCCCUAGUGACUGAACAUGAACUGUCUCAGACUUUUGAGGGGGAAUUUGUUCCACUUAUCUCACAGGAACCUUUUCCUUCCGGAUGUCCUGACCAACAAGUUGUUAUGGACGAAGGAUUGUCGAGAUACUUGUAUGAGUGGUAUUCUAAAGACAACAUAUUUGAUGAGUUCUUUGAAAAAUUAGCGUAA